AGGCGUUGCUGUCCUCUGAGCGCAUGAGGACGGCCAAAGCACACUUGAGUUAGAAAGUAGGAGAAACUGGUGAGGAGGAUUGUUUACUGUAACCUGUGGACAGAAAGCGGAGUUUGUUAUUCAGCUUAUGUGUUGUUCGUUAGUGUCUGUAGAUCAUUUUCUUCCUUGAAGCACUUCCUUUUUUACAAAGUGACAGCUCCUGUCUGUACAAGCGUUAGGUGGCUAAGCUAAGUUAAGCUAGCAAGCUAACUUAGCUAAUGGCAGAUGUCCACUGGCCAUACCAUAGUGUUUAACUAGUCAUUCUCGCUUGGUGUGAAUAUAGAAAAUGAGCUGUAUGUAUUUGGAGCUUGUAGUUUAAGCGGUUUUAUCUGAAUAUCAGGUUGUGAAAUACUUCCUUGCUAGCAAGUAGCUGAUCCAUGUGGUUUGACAGUGUGACAUUGCAUGCUGUUUGUUAGCUGCAGAGCUUCAGAGCUGUGCUGCUGCAUGGAGAUCCGCUGGCCAGGUAUGUACACACAGAAGGGGAACUUUUACCGCUACCUCAGAUCCAGCACGAUGCUCAGAUGCUGAAACGUGCCUUACCAUAGCUGCUGCACAUAGGAGGUCAGUUGUAUUCACAUAGCAGGGUCACAGUUGGUGCUGGUGCUCCACAUACUUGGACUUGGACCAUGUUCCCCUCCGUCCACCGUCGUCCCAUUUGCAGCAUCAGUGCCCGUGCUGUCCGCCUGCAGUGCUGCAGUGCUUUCAGAGAGGCCCACAGUGCUGCACAUGUCAAAUCUGGCCCUAUUGCAUGGCUGGGUGGACGUGUGGGCCAUCUCUUGACAUGGCUCUACAAAGCAGGAGAAGGUGCAGGUGGGUUUGGGAAGAAGAAGAAAGAAGGGUUGCUGACCAUCUUGGCCAACCACUGUAGUUUUGUGACUGGGCAGAGACUGCGAAGAGCUUUUCAGAUAGCUGAGCUGUACUCUAACCUUUACUCUGAGAGGACCAGGUGGACCCUGGUGGGCAGCAUUUGGCGCCAGCUGCAGGGCAGGCAUUCCCAGGCUGGAAAACUCGUGGCUGCCCUAGCUGGGGUCUUCAUGUGGGAAGAUGAGAAGAUAAAAGAUGAUGAAAUGAGGAGGUGCGUGUGGGAGCUGGAGGCACUGGAUGCUGUGAAAAAGCAGACUGCUGUUACGGGCCGGGAGAAGCCCACGCAGGCAGAAACUGGCUGGGAGAUUGUCAUUGAGAAAAAAACCUUCAAAGUCUGGAGGAGACCGAUUGAAGGAAGCCACCUUUUCGAGUAUAGAGUAUUUGGUUCAUACACUGAUAUUACUCCCAGACAGUUCUUCAAUGUUCAGUUGGACACUGAAUACAGGAAGAAGUGGGAUGCACUGGUCAUCAGACUGGACGUUGUGGACAGGGAUUUGAACACAGGUUCUGAGGUCAUCCACUGGGCCACACAUUUCCCAUAUCCCAUGUACUCCAGAGACUACGUCUAUGUGCGCCGCUAUGACUUGGACCUCGAGAACAACAUGAUGGUCCUGGUGUCCAGAGCUGUGGAACACCCAGGGGUCCCUGAGUCGCAGGACUUCGUCCGGGUUCGCUCGUACCGCUCCAGGAUGGUCAUCCGUCCCCAUAAGUCUUUUGAUGAGAAUGGCUUUGACUACCUGCUGACCUACAGUGAUGACCCCCAGACGGUCUUUCCUCGCUACUGUCUAAGCUGGAUGGUGUCCAGCGGAAUGCCUGAUUUCCUGGAGAAGUUGCACACAGCAGCUCUGAGAGCGAAGAACUUAGAGGUCAGUAUCCAUGACUACGUGGGUGUGAUGAAGCCUCAGCAGACGCCUGCGGAGCGGCUGGAGGACGGUGCUCACGCUGCAGGCUCCGCCCACAUUUACGCCUGAGCAUAACUGCCUCGCCGCACGUCCAUGGUCCUAAGCCUCGGAGAAUGCGGGUUUGCGUGGCCGUAUGGUCACCGUGACCGGUCAGAUGGAGACGACACCAUCAUCUUCUGCCUGUUUACACGCAGGUAGCUGCUGCGGGCGGAGAAGAGCUGCUGCAGCCAGAGCCGGUUUCUACUGUGCACUGUACUGCUUUUUUUCAGAUUAUUUCUUUUUGUUUGUUUUUUUCUAGCCAUCAGAUCUGGAACAGGCCAUGACACGAACUCUGCACUGACGGAGACAAGCCUGUUGUGCAAGCUUAGUUGAAUUGGUUAGUACAUUUGUUUACACUCUUAAAAAAAAGGUUCUAGGCUUCUAGGAAAAAAUGUUUCAUUGAUUUAUAACUUGCAUUAUAUGGAGGUUCUUCACACCUGCACAUUGUGCUUGCAAAAAUUAUUCUUUAAAGAUCCGUCCAUUGAAAGGUUCUUUAGGAAAGCAGAAGUGAUUCAUCUGUGGAAUCACUCCAAAGAAACCCUUUUUGGCACCUUAAUUUUUAAGAGUGUUCCUCCACGUACCUGUGCGUGUAAGGGCUCAUAUGUUCAUCUCUGCUUAACUUUUGCUAGGACUGAGCGGUUCUGCGUCAUUUCAGCAUCCUCGCCAACAUCGUUCAGGCCGAUAUUUGGUCAAAAAUGACCAUAACACCAUUUUGCUGCUGUUGGAACAAAACCUCUUAUCUCCAAAAUGAUAACUUUACAGGAAAAGGGAAAAAACUUUUAAUGUAAGUCAAUGGAACCAGAAUUUUUCCCAAGUCAUUUUACGUCAUUUGUUUUGGUCCAUUCAUAAUGACAUUUCCAUACAAUGUAAAGGGCAACAGGUAUUUUCAAAUGAUGUCACAAAUGGAAAACGUCAAAAAUGUCAAAAAUGGAAAGACGAAGUUUUGUUCCGACGACAGCGAUUUGCUCUCAUUUUGGUGUCUAAUGCCCACAGGCUUCUAUUACAAAUCUCUUUCAAGUCGACACUUUUUCCGUGCUUGUCUAAGAGUAGGGAAACAAAAUUAUUGUCUAUGAUGAUGAACUGUACGCUACAGAUGCAGAAAGACUGGUGUUUUCCUUCACGGGUGGCACACCAGGAAGACAAACAACCGCUGUGUUGUUGUAAAGAAACGGGAUGAGAUACAAAGCAGAGUAGGAUUUCUGACCUGCAUGUAAAUGAUUUCUGUAAAUGGACCUGUAUGAGAAACUCUGAUGCUGUAGCAUGAUACAGAAAUAUUUUCACAAAAACUGUGAUUGAGUCAGAUGUGCUGUUUUUCCAUGGCCUGAUGCUUCAUACAAAUGCAACACAUUUUCAUAGAUCUAAUAUUAGCAGCUGGGUGAUAUGACAAAUAGAGCAUCACGAUACUUGAAGACCUUUUCUCGAUACACAAUAUGCAUCAGAAUAUUUUUCUGUGGUUUGAUAAAUUGAAGUGGACAGAAAAGAACCAGUAGUACAGUACAGUGAUUUUUAUUUAACUUUUCACACACUGUGCUGCACUGAAGCCAGUUAAAGAAGAGUAAUUACACUCUUUUUGUAACGAGACACUCAUGCUCCUGUUCUUUAAAAGAAUGAUUUGGCCGAAAGAUCGAAUUUACAGUUUUCCACUCUGGUGUCCAAAUUUUGCUAACAUUGCUAACGAAUGCAAGAAGUCAUUAGUCACCGAAAUCUUUUCUGUAAAUACAUCCACACAUCUUCACUCAAAUUGCACCAGCUCUUCAUUAAGGUCACACACUUGUUGAUGUGAUUAAGAGCAUAGUUUGACUUAUUGUAAGCUAUGAAAAUGAACACAGCUUUGUUUUGCUGAAUGAUGCAGGCAACCUCUUUAGACAGCAGGUUUUGUGCUAAAUUUCGACUCCCUUUUUGAAUGUGCAUGCACGUCACACAAACGUAUGGACACUACAAAUUACAUUUGCAGGGUGUUUUAUAUAAAAAUUGUUGUAUUUUGAAACUGGAGAUAUGUUCGUAACAUAUCUUCAGAAUAGAAACUCUUCAAUAUAAUCUGUAAAGUGGGAAAUUUGAUUCUGUUUGGGAAUCAGAAUUCAACACAACACAUUUUGUUCAAAGGGGCUGAUUGCUGCAUAAAUGAUAUCUAGAUAUGGGUUGAGUGGGUUGAGAGAAGUUUUGGGGAUGUGUUUAAGGAUAACAUUUGGGUGACUAUUAAUUUCAAGUGUUUGUUAGCAACAUUAGCCUCAUAGCUCCAGCACUAAGGUUAAGAAGCAAAAUUUGGCCAAACAUGACUUAGCUGAUUGAAGACAUCUGGGAUAAGUGAAAAAUUGUGCAAAUUAAAUGCCUAAUUAAAUACUGAUAAUAUCCAUAACACAUUCAGAAAAGCACAUCCUGGUGUGAUUUAUCACAAUAACGAGAAGUAUCAUUGAAUUGCCCAGCCCGAGCCUAGGAGUGACUGAUUUUUUUUUUUCUUUUUUUUCUUUCUCUCAUUUCAAUGAAAUAGGACAGUGGUGUUGAUACAUAUUUAUAUGUUCAUGCUGAAGCAGUUGGUGAAUGUAGAGCUUUGGAAAAGAGGGUUAUGUACAGUGUUUCAGUUAGUUUUAUUUUUGUAAUUUAUGCGUUUUCGUAAAUGCAGAACUAAUGCAAAUGACUCAAUUGUAAAUGUCAGUUUAUCUGAAAAAUCGGUCAGAUUUCAGACUGAUUUCAGAUCAGAAUAUGAAUCCAUAUGGUAGUUUUUUUCCAUCUAUUCUUCAGUGCAGCCCUGAUCCCAAUUACAGUAGCAUUCCAGCAGUUUUAGUGAAUGACCUGCGUGACCACGAAUCAUACUUUUUCCCCAAACUAUACACUAUAUGUCCAGAAGUUUGUAGACAUCCAAUGUUUCUCCUGAAAUAAAGGGUAUUAAUAGUGAGUUUGUCCUGCUUUGCUGCAGUAACAGUCUCUACUCUUCUGGGAAGGCUUUACACUAGAUGUUGGAACUUUGCUGUGAGGAUUUGAUUGAGCAUUAGUGAGGUCAGGUACUGAUUUUAGAUGAUUUAAUACUGGAUCACUCAAACUCAUCCCAAAGUUAUUGAAACUCCAUCACUCCAGAGAACUCCAAAGCCCAGUGCUUGGGGGCGUUUAUAUGCCCUAGCCCACAAUUAGCGUUGGGCAUGGUGACCUUUGGCUCACUUACAGCUGCUCCAGAGCGUCUGAUAGUCAGUGCUUUUCUAUGGAGAUUAUGCAAGCUAAGUUCACCCAUUAGAAGAGCUGUCUGGAUACUUUUGGGCAGAUAGUUAACAAUUGUCUGUAGGAUGAAAAGUUGGCCAGUCCAUUUUUGUAACCCUUUAAAGUUUUUUUUUCAUUGUAACAGUCGCGAUGUGCUUGCGUGACAAAAUAAGACAGUUUUGCACUUUUGUUGAGUUUAGAUCAUUUUUUUUCAAUUGUUUUGCAAUGAGUUUCAUUAGCAUGUGUUAGCUUACAUUACAUCCACACAUACUUUGUUGAAAUGCACUUAAUGUCAUUUGCUUGUACAGACAAUACAAUUACUGAAAGCUGUGGAUUACAUAAUGUAUAUGUUUAAGAAGAGAUGGGUAGUGACCAGCGAGCCAGAAGUGAAGAGAAUGGUCUGUAUUUAGAAUAGACUGGUGAUUAAAUUAGGUACUUUGUCGUUGGAGAGUAAAGAAGGGCAGGUUACCGCUUGCUGUCCUUUAUACAAGAAUUUGUAUGAUUUUUACCUAUAUAUAUAUAUGAAAUACGUGAGAUUGGAAACAUCUGAUUUUCAUCAGAGACGUGACUCCAGAACAGAAAUAACACAGAAACUCACCAUUAAAAAUCAUAGUUUGUGUUUUCUUUUUCUUAUUCUUUUUCUCCUUUUUUCUCAUUUGGUGAUUCAUUCUCAUAAAUAAAGGUUCCAGAGUGGUUCUUUGCUUGGAUGUAUGGUUCUAGGAAAAUCUUUAAAUGGUAUAAAAUGCUCUUUCUACAUUUCAUUUACAAUAGUGGUCCUUUAGGGCACCAAAAGUGUUUCUUCCAAGGCAAAGAACACAAUCUCAUACCUUUAUUUCUAAGAAUGUUUUGUUAAGUCCUUUAAUGCUUUCUUCUACUAUCAAAAUUUUGUUUUUGCUUAUAUAAAUUACCAUUCUCAAUCUAUGAAUUAGAUAAU